AUGCAACAGAAGCACCUGGAUGGUAUGGAAGAAUGUGGAUGUGGGAAUGAGGGGGAGGCCAUUCCAGGUCAAGAACCAGGGGUGAAGUGCAGCUGGCAUCUCACACUGGAGGAAAUUCAGGUGCAGGAGGUGACGAGAUUUCCUGAGCUCACUGACCGAGCAACUGCAGGGCAAGGAUUCCAGUCCAGGUCCAGUGUUGAAACGCCCCAGUGCAAUGAAUGGGGCCUCGGAGGCCUAGCCAUGGCCUGUAAAUUAAUUCAGACAGAGAGUUUUAUUGCUUGGAGAUUCCAGAAAACUAUCCUCAGGUAUAAGGUUCCCUCCAGGAUCCACAGGGCUGCAUGUUUGGGCAAUGUGGACAAAGUGAACCGUAUCCUUGCAUAUGGGGAAGAAGUGGAUAAAAGAGACAAGAAGAACAGGACCCCACUCCAUUAUGCCAGUACCUACGGACAUUCAGAAGUGGUGGCCCUGUUAAUAAAGAAGCAAUGCAACAUUGAAAUUUCUGAUAAGAAAUACAAAACACCACUGAUUAAGGCAGUAGAACACCAGCAUGAGGAAUGUGUAGAAAUUCUUCUAAAUAAUGGUGCCAAUCCAAAUGUUCAGGACAUUGAUGGACACUCUCCUCUCCACUGGGCCAUCUUUUGUCAGACCAUGGCAAUAACUGAAACACUGCUUUCACACAAUGCCAAUAUGGAAUUACAAAACAAGGAUGGGCACACGCCAUUGUUACUUGCGCUGAAGCACAAUAAACAACAAGUGGCAGAACUUCUCAUUCAGAAUAAAGCAAAUAUACAUGUAGUCGACAAGGAAAACAGAACAGCCCUCAUGCUGGCUGCAAAAUAUGAAGCAAAACAUGUAAUUGAGAUGCUUUUUCAUGGAGGUAUUGAUGGCUUAGCAGAAGAUCAUUCUGGAAUGAGAGCAUUAUCCUAUGCUCUUGCAAGUGGUUUCAAUGUGAAAUUAAUUUUGGAUUUUACUAGAGAAGCAUAUGAAGAUAUUAAAACCAGGAAAGCAGGUAAGACCUUUUAAAAAAUAUAUUUUU